AUGAUCGAGUCGAACAUUUUACAAGUGAACGCGAAUGACAAGGUCAGUCUUACUGUAAAAGAUCUAACAGUAGGAGUCAAGAAUAGUUCCAAAAAAAGCGAUGAUGUCGAAGCCACUGGUGGUUCGGUAGGUGAAAAGAAGAUUUUGGACGAUGUCUCAUUCGAGUUGCAAAGCGGUGAGUUGAUGGCUAUAAUGGGUGGUUCAGGAAGUGGAAAAACCACCUUAUUGAAUACCCUUUCUCAGAGAACCAAUAUUAAGAAUAAAGACUUAUCAUUUUCUGGGUCGAUUGAAUACAAAGUGGGAGAAAAGGAAGAUACUAAAAGAAAGGUUCGGAAUGCAUACUUGUUACAAACGGAUAUAUUUUUGCCAGGUUUGACGGUGUAUGAAACGUUAAUGUUCCAAGCAGACUUAAGAUUGCCUCCCUCGGCGACGAAAUACGAAAAAGAAGAAUUAGUGAACUCCUUAUUGACCACAUUGGAAUUGCAACCAAUACGUGAUGAAACUAUUCUGUCAUUCUCCACAUAUAGUACAAACUUAUCUGGAGGAGAACAAAGAAGAGUUUCUUUGGCAAUUCAGUUAUUGAGUAAGCCAUCCAUGUUAUUCUUGGAUGAACCAACUACAGGUUUAGAUACAAGUAGUUCGUUGAAGCUUUUGCAAGUCUUAAGAAAGCUUUCUUCGCCGCAAUAUGGUAUUACUAUAAUUUUAUCUAUCCAUCAACCAAGACUGGAAAUCACUGUAUUGUUUGACAAAAUUUGUUUAUUAACAAGAGGAGGUAGAAUCGUAUACUUUGGUAGUUUGGUUGAUAGUAGCAGGUACUUCCUUUCUAUCAGGGAUGAAUCAGGACGUCAUAUUGAGAACAAAUCAUCUAAUUUUGUGGAAUACAUUAUGAAUUUAUCUGUCAAAGAUACUUCAUCCAAAGAGAUGGAGGAGAUUACUUCCAGAAGAAUUGACAAAUUAGUAGAGAAUUGGAAAUCGUACUCUAAGACCAAUGAAAAUAGAUCGAAGUUAUCUUCGAAUGAAGUAAGAAAGCUUUUUGAAGCGAACAUAAAAUUGUUUGAUAAAGGUAAAGAAAAUAGAAUUUCAUUUUUACAAGAACUUAUUGUUCUGACUAAGAGAACAUUUAUUUUAACAUAUAGAGAUAAAGCUUCGUUACUUGCAUUAAAUUUGGUUUGUCUUCUUUUGGCAAUCGUUUGUGGUUGGAUGUUUUAUAAACCUAAAGCUGAUUUAGCAGGUAUUAGAUCUAUUACUUCAAGUCUUUAUGUUAUGUUGGAAAUCAUAGGCUUUGCAUUCAUGUUUAUUGAAAUGGAAAGAUUGUGGGCGGCUGAUGGAACAUUUUUCUUCAGGGAGUAUAAUGAGAAUUGUGUCAGUAUUCCUGGAUUUAUUCUUUCUAGAAGGUUGGGGAAAUUUUUAUUAGAAGACUUUCCAAUAUCAGUUGUUUUUGCUGUAAUAUCAUACUUCAUGUGGGGAUUAAGAAUGUCUGAGGAUGGAGGGAGCCAUGAUGCUUCAUAUUUCUUCAUUUAUUUUGCAGUUACUCUUUUGACUGAGUUUUGUGGAAUGGCAACAGCUAUGCUAUCUUUUUCCCUUGCCAUGGAUUUUUCGAUUUCUUCUUUGAUUUUGUGUGUAAUCUAUCAAUUGCAAAAUAGUGCAUGUGGUUACUUCGUUAAUGCAGCAACUAUGCCUGUUUAUGUUAGGUGGAUAAAAUACCUCGCCUACUUUUGGUAUGCAUUUGGUGCUUUGACUGCUAAUCAAUACACAGACUGGAUGGGUGAUUGUCCAUAUGAUAAAGAUGAUAGCAGAUGCGAAGAAUAUUCCGGAAAUUAUCAAUUAGACCUCUUAGGUUUCCCUAAAGGAUGGAUUACUGAACCAAUUUGUAUUUUGUUAGCCUGGGUUGUGGGAUUCUAUAUCUUGACAGGACUAGCAUUCCGCUUUAAGAAUCGUGACAUAGCAGUUGCGAAAACUAAGCAAAAUACAAUAGGGGGUGAAGAAGAAACUGAAGAAGGUAAAGAAGAAAGCAGUGAUAAUGCUGGGUUACAAAAGAAUGAAAAACCACGCAUGGAAGAUAUUGAAAGGACCUCUUUAGCAUCUACGGAUGAAGAUAUUAAUAUCCAUAUACAGAAUAUUAGCUUGUCUGUUGUACUUCAAGAGAGCAAAUUUAUGGUCAUAAGGAAAGAAAUCGGCGAGCACCAGUUAUUAAACAAUGUAUCUGCCCACUUCAAAGCCGAUAAAGUUAACGUUAUAAUGGGUCCUUCUGGAGGAGGUAAAACUACGUUAUUGAACUAUCUUUCCAACAGAUUAUCGAAAGAUUCUAAAUUUAGGUCCGGUGGAGCCAUCAGGUUGAACGAUUCACAAUAUAUCACCAACAGUGAAUUAUCCCUGAUAUCUGCUUAUGUCUCUCAACAAGACAACUCUUUAAUAUCUAGCUUGACAGUUCGGGAAACCUUAUAUUAUCAAGCUAAAUUAAGAAUUUCUCAAGAGGAACAUCAUAAAAUCCCAGUAAUUAUUAAUACCUUAAUUAGAACUAUGGGAUUAAAUGAUUGUGCAGACACUAUGAUUGGAUCAGAGUCUGUUAAAGGUAUAUCUGGUGGAGAAAAGAGAAGGGUUUCGAUUGCAACUCAAUUAUUGAGUAAACCGAAGAUUCUUUUCUUGGAUGAGCCUACUUCAGGUCUUGAUUCAACUACUUCAGUUGCGGUCUUAGGUUUGUUAAAUAAUCUUGCAGAAGUUUAUGGCACAACCGUCAUCAUGACAAUCCAUCAACCAAAUGAAGACAUGUUCAAUAAAUUUGGAUCUGUCUUAUUACUUGCUAGGGGCGGUAGACCAGUUUUCAAUGGUAGCACAGCAUCUAUCAGAGAAUACUUAUCAGAUGCUGGAUAUCCAGUGCCAAAUGAUAAGAACAUUGCUGAUCACAUUUUAGAUGUAGUUUCACAAAGCUUGGAUGAAGAUAAUACAAUUACCCAAUCAAGGAUUAACUAUUUGGUUAACAGAUGGGAUACGAAACAUUCUUCAAAUGAUACAAAUUCUAUAUUUGUUAAUGAAAAAACAAUCGACAUAGAGAAGUACCAACACAAGAAACUGCCUUUCUUCAUAACUUUUCCUGUUAUUACGAAGCGUCAGUUCAUUAAUUCUGUACGCUCCAAGGAUGUUUUAAUUGCGAGAACCGGACAGACUGUGUUCUUGACAAUUAUCCAUACUUUAUUUUUUGCACCCUUGAGAAAUACAGAAGAUGGUAUAAGUAACAGAUUGGGUUUGAUACAAGAGGUAUUGAAUUUAUACUUUGUUGGUUUCUUUAAUAAUGUCACCUUAUACCCGGUAGAAAGACACAUUUUCUACCAAGAAUACAAAGAUGGAAUCUACGGCCCAUUAGAGUUUAGUGCAUCGUACUUAUUAAAUGAGCUACCAACCGAAAUUAUUCCAUGCUUAUUCUUUUCUGUGUUGUUAGUGUUUGGUGUCGGGUUACCUAGAACUCCUGGAAUGUUUUUCAGUAUGUUCUUUACUGGUUUUGCUUCCAUAAAUUGUGGUGAAUCAUUGGGGAUAUUGGUUUCGAGUAUUUUCACACAUUUAGGAUUAGCAAUAAAUAUCUUGGCCUCUGUUAUUGUUGUUGCUAUCUUUAUGGGAGGUACUAUGUCUUUGUACAUGCCUGAAUUUUUCAAGGCAUGGAAUUAUAUCAACCCAAUGAAAUAUGCAGUUGGUAUUUGUGCAAAAUUAGGCUUCGCAAACCAAACAUUCGAUUGUGCUUUAGAUAGUUGUACAUUGGAUACUGGUGAUAGUGUCUUGGAAUACUAUAACCUUGAUAUUAACUUGGGUGCAUAUUUUGGUGGGUUGAUUGCUUGUUUAAUAGUUUAUAGAUUGGUUGCAAUAGGAUCAGCCUAUGCGAGGGUAAAGUAUAGCAUCUAG